CUGUUAUGCUGCAACGGCCAUUUUAACUGCCAUCCUAGAAACAGCUUGAAGGCCUGUCCAGUGCCAGUCCUGAGUGUCCCCCCCAAUUGUAUAGAGAUGAUGCCGCUUAUCUUUUUGUCCUGUUUCUUUAAUGGAAGGUGAUCACAGAUGGCGCACAGGUUUGGACAGUGUUGGUAGAGAACAUUUAUGCAAAAUAAGGAACAAAAGAGAGUACAGAAUACACAACAGCUGAAAAAAGAUCUGGAUGAACUUCGUGAAUUGGCUGACUUCUUGCAGGAGUAUAAGAGGGAGCACCAAUCCUAUGUCACCCUCCUGUUCUGCAGUGCCUACUUGUAUAAGCAAAGCUUUGCCAUCCCAGGAUCCAGCUUUCUGAACCUGCUGGCCGGAGCAUUGUUUGGCCCUUGGAUGGGCCUGCUUCUUUGCUGCACCCUGACAUCUCUGGGUGCCACAUUCUGUUACGUGCUCUCUCAAGCAUUUGGCAAACAGAUUUUAAUUAUGUAUUUCCCUGAGAAGAUCUCCAUGCUGCAGAAUAAGAUUGAAGAAAACCGUAGCGGCCUCUUCUUUUUUCUUCUUUUCCUGCGUUUGUUCCCUAUGACACCUAACUGGUUCCUGAACCUCUCCUCACCCAUCCUGAACAUCCCAGUAGGACAGUUCUUCUUCUCGGUCCUCAUUGGUCUCCUACCCUACAACUUCAUCUGUGUCCAGACAGGCUCCAUUUUGUCCAAGAUCAAAUCUCUAGAUGACAUGUUUUCUUGGGGAACACUACUAAAGUUACUGGCAAUAGCACUUGUGGCACUUAUCCCUGGCACCAUUGUGAAGAGGUUCAGUCAUCAUAAGCCAGGAUUAGAAGGGAAAGAACACAUGAUGAAUGGCAGAAAAUCUACGUGAAGGUUUUCCUCUGUUUAGGACACUAAUGAAAAUAUCUUAUAUUUUUUUUGGUAGACAGGUGACCACAUCUCUUACUGUACGGAUUUGGCAUUGGAUCGUUUUGUCUAUAGUCAGGUAUUUUUAGCACCUAUUGUAUAGAAAGUUUACAGCAUAAAAAGUCUUAAGUCAGAUGUGGGUUCUUGGUGCUGAUCAAUCACUUUUUAAGCAAUUGUUUUAUAUUUAGGCUAUGUUCACACGCCGGAAUGUCCGCACGGAGAAACUUCAUUCCGCAGACUGCGAGGCGCUGGCAUAAUCUGCCGGUGCUAGAACCGCACAGGAAUGCGCCGUCUCAUAGACUGCUGUGCAUUACGUGCAGUCUCCCUACAAAGAAUGAACGUGCUCAUUCUUUGUGCGGACACGGAAAUCCGCCGUGUGCACUGCGCAGCAGAAUCUUUUUGAAUUCAAUGGGACUCUUCUACAGCAGGAUCUCCAUGCAGGAUUCCAAUGAGGAAUCCGGCACGGAAAUUCUGCCGUGUGAACCUAGCCUUAGUGUUUGGUAAGAAACUGAGGUUUGUCAAAGAUGUAUUUUUACCUCUUAUCUGUUUUCUAUUCUAUUGCAAUUUAUACAGAUCUAAAGUAGGGGAGAAAGGAAAUGCAUUUUUAAAAGCAUCUGCCCUCUGACUGAUCUUUUUAAUUUAGAGCAUAUAAAGAUGCCCUGCACUUGAGGGAAUACAGAUGGAGAUGCAUUCACUGAACAACCCCAAUCCUAGAUUGUACUCCCAGCAACCAUAUGCUAAUGAUGGCAAUUGAGCAUCGGAGUGUGACAGGAGCCCUCUCAAAGUGCUGAAAUUUCUCACAUGCCAAAAUAAGCAUACAAUGCAGGGAAUCAAUUGGAUGAUAGUAAGGGAUGGUGUAGGAGCACCCACAAAACACUAACCCUACCUGCCUUUGAGCAGGACACUAAUAUAACUAGCUGGCUCAGGUUGCAAGUGCUGUAUGGUGGGAGCUUUGGAGUAGAAGGAAAUUACCUAUUAAUUUAUUUUCCGCACAGUCCCUUGCCUCCCAUUGAAAACAAAAAAUUUUUAUGUUGUGUGUGGGUUUUUUGUUUGUUUUUCAAGGUAAAAACAUACCGUAGUUUUUGACACAGAAAUUGCGGCAGUUCCUGUGUCAAAUACCACGCAGAUAUUGUCCAUGUGAACAAAACCUAAAGGGGUUUUCCUACUAACAACACUGUUGGAGUUUGGUAGGAGUUUAAACAUUUAAACCCCUACUGGCCACAAGAACUGAUGUUCCAUGUCCACCUUGUUGAAUGGAGAAGUGGUCAGACAUGUACAUUCAGCUCUUUGGGCCUGACAAAAAUAGCCGAGCUCUGUACUCAUCAGUGUGCAUAGGUGCACACACUGUAUUUUGAGGUUUAAAAAUGUCUCGAUUUACAGGCAAAGCAUGUUUUUCUGAUUUUUUUUUUGCUAGUAGGUGCUACAGCACAUGCUUGCAAACCAGAAGAUUUUAUUUUUUUAUUUUUUUUAAAUUAGACACUAGUCGCCCAAAACAAGUCCCUUGCACUUAUGUUUAUCGCUGUUAUAAUUACAACCAUAAAAACCUACAUGUGAACUGAUAGAUGUUAACAGAUGUAAUUGAGUGGGAAAAAUCUGCCCUACUGACGCAUGU